UAUGCUUCUACGGUUCCCAGUACGACAUGCUUGCAUUGCAUGGUAGCAUAGGUGCAGACCCAUCCUACCACAUCCUUCUGAUGGGUAGGGAGGCGAGGUCUUGGGGGUAGUGCAAGUCGCUGUGAUCCCCAAGGCAAGUUUGGUGGACUAACCUUCCCGAGGUUGCCGACCCUGUUCUUGGUCUAAUACCCUAUGCAUUAGACGUAACUAAAACCACCAAGCGAACUAUUGCAGGGAUGUAGAGGUCAUGUCCUUGCGAGUUCAUCAUCCAAGAUAGAAAGACGGUGGACAGUGAAUGACCUCCCGCGUGUUUGUGCCGUGCGCGGGGACCCGUACGUGGGGAUGAAGGAGUCCUGGUGGUUGAGUGGAGUAGUGCGCCGGUUAUAGUUGUGCGCUACACACAACACACCUCUUUGGUCUGGAUUUCCCCUCACACGGGAGGCCGUGGAUUAGCUGACCUCGGUCAACCGGCUGUGGUAUCCCAUUAGCGGGCUACUGAGCGAGAGUCGGGGUGUGGAGGGGAGGCCGUCGGCGUGGUACGGGACUCAGGGUGAGUUUGCGUCAUCGUCUCGUGAUGCGAAUAGACUAGUACUCUCUUGCUGCGUGCGGACGCGUCUGCCCUUCUACGCGCUGGCUCUAUACCGAAGGAGUAGCUCUGACGUCGCUUGCUGAGCAAGGGGCGUCCCCGACUUGAGGGCUCCGUGGCGGGUGGAGAGCUCUGACGGUGAAUUUAUUCCAUACCACCUCAUGGAUAAAGAGGCAAAACAUAUAAACCAGCACAAAGCUGCAUCCACAAAUGCGCCUACAACAAACAUACCCAGGGUUGCGUCGCAGGAGGUGUCGCGGUGCAAGCCACCAAUGGCACGAUACUCUGAUGCCCCUGUCUCACACACGGAUGCACCCACUAGGGCAGCAUCCGAGACUCCAAAGGAGAGGGAAGCGGCUGAGUAUGCGCCAAACCGGGAUGCACCCUUAACCGUACCCCCUCCAAUGGUAUCCCAUAUACCACCGCACAAGGAUGCGUCCACUGUUGCGGCCAGGUUGACUGCGUCGGUCGAGUCAAAGAUAGCAACUCCGAAGGAUGCUACAGCAAUGUCUGCGUCUGUAAGGGGGGCAUCCGAAGCAAGAACGAUGCGGAAGACCGAGGCUGCGACGGUGAGCACGUCCAGUGCACAAACCUCGACCAUAGACAUGUCGGCCCUGAAAUCUGCAAUUCAGGAACCGACUCUCACAAUGGUCCUAAGCUCUUCAAAAAGGCGACGGCUCAGGAAAGCCAAAAGAGCGACGGAACAGCGGAAGCUGGCUACCGGCGUUCAGAAGCUAACUGAGAAUGCUGGAACUGCCCCCGCUGCUACCACAGCAGCAGGAGGCGGGAAAAGGGCACCGAAACCGACUAGGUCCUCUGCAGCGCUCAAGUCUAAUGGCUCUAAGUGCAGUAAGAGACCUAGAGAGGAUAACCAAACUAAAAAACCAAAAUUAAGCAACCAACAAAUAAAGGGCCAAAAACGCGAUCGGCCGGAGGAAACCGUGACACCGACUAGGGAGAGUAAUAGGGUAAAACCCAACAAACCCCAGCUGGAGUCAGGGAUCUCGGCCAGCUACGCGAAAGCGGCAGCAUCCUACAAAGCCAAUGAGCUUUAUGUUGCCGUGAUGACUGAGCCCUUCAUAGACAUGACACAAGAACAGGCGGAUAACAUCCGCCUACAGAUCGAGGGUAAAAUCAAAGAUGAUCCGCUCAUGGCGGAUCUUGAAGCUACCCUGACAAUGGAACCCAACGACAUCAGGUUCCGGGGUAGAGCCCACUUCUCAGAUGGUGUCCUCAAAACUUGGUGCGAGGACACCUUCACACUGAGAUGGCUGACCGAAGCAUGUGAUGUCAUCAACAAUCCCAUACCGGACACCAGGCUGAUGGUUAGGCCUCAAUCAGCAAUUCCGAAGAAAGUGCCGUGUCUACUGCAUAUUCACUGGUAACAUGGAGGCUCUACGGAAACUGAUUACGAGGCAGAACCGCCACCUCAAUAAUUAGAUCUUGGACCCUGACUCACGAACGUAGAACACAGGACCCGACAGGCGUAUCUCUGUUCUUUCGUAUGCCGGAGUUUAAGAUCUCAAAUAUCAAAGUACAUGAACGCCGCAUAUAUUACCUGAUGGGGAACAUCUACAUCCGCAUUCUGGAAAAAGAUGAACCCUCAGAGGUAAUUGUCGCUAUACUAACCACUGCCAGGACGGAGUCAUCGGGGCCAAAGUUACCCACGUCAAUGACGGAGGUAGCUGCGGUCGCCGAGACAAACGUCCCCAUGGAGACAGUUCCACAACCACCCUCACCGGUACAACUAACCUCGGAUGACGAGUUCUUUCAGGAAACCGGGGGGAGUGAAUUCAGCGACAGCUGUUUGCGCUCCUCCCCCUCGCCGGACUGACCUUAUCCAGACCAACCUCCAGCACAGCCAAACAGCGUCGGCUUCCCUACGCAGACUGCUGGAGACCAUCGCCAACCCGAAGACCAUCGCCGCGAUCCAGGAGCUGUGGAUCAGGAAUGGCAAGAUAUGCGGCCUGGGUAGCCGGUGGUAAACUUGUACUGGAUACCUCCGGACCUUACAGCUAUCUAGAAACGCGCAUCCAGACAUCGUCCUGGCAUUCGCCUACUUACCGGGUGACGAGGACGUGCCCACUCCAGAACUCGGCCUUCUGACUGACUACUGUGAGAGGGUGAAACCGGAGCUCAUCAUCGCAGAAGACUCCAAUGCGCACCACGCGUUAUGCGGUAAUGCUACCAACGCUCGUGAAUAAUUAGCUCGGAGGUAGACAAACUGACGAUACCAACCACCAUUGAUGUACAAAACAUCGACAAACAUGUAAAUAACCUAACGUCCCUACUUCUGACCAGCUUUGAACAGUCGUGUCCCCUUACCAUGCCUAGGUGGAACUGGAGAGACACCGAAAGAAGGUCGGGAAGCUGUUUAAUAGAGCAGUUGCAGAUGGAAGAUUUGAUUCCACAAUUUCAAAAAAAAACGCUUCAGUAUAAAUUUCUUCGAUAUAUAUUCUAUAAAGAGAGGCUUUAAUACAGUCAACCUUUAAUUGGUGUCUCUGAUUCUCAUAUUCUUACUUUGAUUGUUUCUUACUUUAGCCUAAUCUAGGUCCAAUUUAAGUUCGUGAUUACGUUUAUAUAUUUAUACCAUCAGAUAGUUGUUUAAUGCGUUUAUUCUGGAUCUCAGUAGUAAUUCUAAUAUUAGAAGAAAACAUCGGACGUUUGCUUUCACAGUGCUAACUUGUUUCUUACCAAGACUCUCAAUAGCACCAACCAAAAGGCUGCAUAAAACAAGUAAUUCUUUCCAAGGAAAUUCAAUACGUUUUUUCAAUGAAAUUCUUGGUUAUAUACAAGUGUUGUCAGAAAAUAAAUCGUACGUUAAAGUAAAGCUACUUGCUAAGGCCUAUUAUAAUACAAAUGAAUAUUUAAACGCUAGCUAACUAUUUCCUAGUGCUUAGAUAUGUAACGCGACUGAAUCUCUCGGCUGCAUUUCCAGACUCUGGGGCGAUCGUCAACAACCACUUCUUAAUGUAAAGUGGGAACAAACCGUGAUCCAUGUGGUAUCGAAUUAUUUCAGUAUAAUUAGUAUUAUUAUUUUCUUAUGUAGCCAAGUUCACAUUUCAAGGACUGGUCUUACUUGAAUUCGUGUAUGCGGUGAUAUUAUUUAUUU